AUGGCAUCAAAUGAUAUUCAUCAUAUUAGACAUAUUUCAUCUCAUAAAUCUCGUGCAUCUACAAGUGCACUUCCUCAAAAUUCGAUAACAUUAUCAUCACCAAGUAGUCCGAUUAAUACAGAAAAUCUCAAUAGUAACUUAUCUCGGGGUCAUCAGUUAUGGAAUAUGGGUAUUGAAAAUGUUCUUGAACAUGAAGAAACUCCACCAUCAUCAUCAUCAAUAGUUUCAUCAACUAUUGGUAAUGAACCAAUUGGUUGGUACAAUUUAACUAAGCGGUAA